GCCACAAAUGAAGAACUGGAGUAUAUAAAGCCAUUUGCCCCAUGACCUAAGGAAUCUGCUUUCUCAGUAUGAGGAAGCAUUCAUUUAGAUAACACUGCAACAAUCCAUCAAAGAAUUUAUCUACCUCCUGUAAACGAGCUUCUGCCAUUUCUAGAGGACAAAAAGCUACAAGAGAGAGAUCCAAGGGACAGAAGAAAAUUGCACCUUCCCCGACCUUUACCUUUUUAUAUAAAGAAGAAUGGGCUGUAACCAGAACUGUGGGCUGCUGAGUGGUGCAAUCAUAGGUGCAGUGCUGGCUAUCUUUGGAGGUGCCCUGAUACCACUUGGCAACUAUUUCAUUGAGAAAACAGUAAAAAAGGAAACAGUAAUUGAAAAUGGUACAAUUGCAUAUGAGAACUGGGUUGUGCCGGGGAGUCCAGUAUAUAGACAAUUCUGGUUCUUUAAUGUGGAAAACCCAGAAGCGGUGAUGGAAAAUGGAUCUCACCCAAAUCUCACGCAGAAGGGCCCUUACACUUACAGGGUGCGAUAUUUACCCAAGACAGACAUAGUUGAAAACAAUGACUCUACGGUGUCUUUCUACCAGCCAAAUAUUGCUCUCUUUGAGCCUGACAUGUCAGUUGGACCAGAAAAUGACAACAUUACAUUGGUCAAUCUUGCUGUUGUUGCUGCACCUGCUAUGUAUCAAAGUGGUUUUAUACAGUCUCUUUUGGAUAUGUGGGUGAAGUCAUCAAAAUCAAAGUUUCUUCAAACCCGAAGUGUUAAAGAAAUACUCUGGGGCUAUGAAGAUCCUUUUCUGAAGAAAAUUCCACUCCCCAUUGAGAAGAAAAUUGGAAUAUUCCUUCCUUACAAUAAAACACUGGAUGGACUUUACACAAUCUACAGUGGGAAAAAUGACACUAGCCAAACGGCACUGAUCCAAAGUUACAAAAAAAAAAGGACACUUGGAUACUGGGAAGGUUAUUGUGAUAUGGUCAAUGGUACAGACGGGGCAUCGUUUCCCCCUUUUGUCAAGAAGGAUGAAACAUUGAGAUUCUUUUCUUCUGAUAUUUGCAGGUCCAUCUACGGUGUAUUCGACAGUGAGCAGUCUUUGAAGGAUAUCCCCCUUUAUCGCUUCAUAGUGCCUCCAAGUGCUUUUGCAUCGCCUCUCAUCACUCCUGAUAAUAUCUGCUUCUGCACAAAUGAACUGAUAUCCAAGAACUGCACAUUAGCUGGAGCACUGGACAUUAGUGCCUGUAAAGAAGGGAAACCAGUUAUUAUUACAUUACCCCACUUCUUGUAUGCAAGUGAAGAACUUUUUGAAGGUGUUAAAGGAAUGAAUCCAAAUCUGCAGGAGCACAUGACUUAUUUGGAUAUAGAACCAACUACAGGAUUUACAUUACAAUUUGCCAAAAGGUUGCAAAUCAAUUUAUUGGUGAUGCCCAAUUCAAGAAUUACGCCUUUAAAACCUAUUAAGAUGCCCUUUGCCUUUCCUGUUUUGUGGCUAAAUGAGACGGGUACUAUUGAUGAUCAGAAGGCGGAAUUUUUCAGAUCAAAAGUAACAAAUAAGAUUAAAUUGCUGCACCUGAUGGAAGCUGUACUCAUCAUUGUUGGUGCUGUGAUGUUCCUAGGAUUCAUGGUCUCAUUCAUAAUCUGCAGAGCACAGAAAUCAAAAUAGCUAUGAAACUACUGGAAAUGUAGAGUUGCUUCAGAUUUCAAGCAAGAGAGAGUGGUGAAACUUCCUGACAGCACUGCUAGACUGUUGAAUGGAAAUAACCUCUCAAGGAACUCCUGCCUCACCUUUCAGUAAAGGCAAAUGAUGUGCAUGCCUCUUGCUGCCAGAAGCCUGUAGCUGUUCAGAAGGGCAAUUCUAAUAUUGCUGGAGACUAUCACGAAAUCUGAAAUAAUAUGAGCCGCUUAGUAAUUCAGUCAUUUCGUCAGCCCAAGGUGGAGAUCAGAUCUGGAAUCCAGCCUGUGCUCCUGUUUAUGCAACACACCGCCUCUUCUCCCUGCCAUUUAUUUCCCACCUUAGGCUUUCAAGAAUGGGAACAGAAGACAUUGGCCUGAACUGCUGACUGAAAACACACCUUUCUUUCUUUUUUCUUUUUAGGCUUGAUGAUAUCUCUAUGCAAGCUCACUAUUUUUUUUUCUUCCCAUUCUGUCUCUUUGAUUAAAAGAGCCCUACCUUCCAAAGAUGUGAAUUUUUAAAACAACAAAUAAGUGGUAAAAGUCUGUUAAUCAUAAUAUAUGAAUAUCAGUAAAGACGUGAUCAGAAAGA